AGGCUUGUAUGCAACAUGGAAACCCAUUUCAUAAAGCUCCAUAUGAACAGUUCUUGUGCUGACAUUGCUUCUUCUUUGCCCAGACGUGGUAUGACAGUCGCCUCAAGUUCAACAGCUCCAUGAAAGUCCUGCAAUAUGGUGGGAAAGAUCUGGAUUCCUGACACCUUUUUUCGGGAUUCAAGAAAGUCUGACGCCCACUGGAUCACCACUCCAAACAGUCUGCUGCGACUGUGGAACAACGGAAGAGUGAUGUACACACUGACGUAGAAGUAUGACUGCUGCCAUUCUGUGUUCUAAAAGACUCUGUGUUUAAUACUCGUUGUAUGUUCAGCUCUAGUUUCUGCAUCUGUACUUUUGUCUUGUAGCCCUCUUUUAGGCACCAGGUAUUUGUAAAAGCAUGAUCUUGAAGCCAUUGUUAGCUUUCCCUGGCAUUUGUUUAGAUAAAGGAGAGGAAAACACUUCGUAAUUGUUAUGAUCAACUCUGUUUGGAAGGAAAAAACACACUACAAAAUCAAUGUAAAACAUCAUAAAGAAUGAACUUUUCUUUGUCACGACUCUGUUUUUGUCAUGUUGACCAGUAAGGUGGAAUGCUGCCUUAAGCUGCAUAACUUUCCCAUGGACGAGCACUCAUGUCCGCUGGAGUUUCCGAGCUGUAGGUGUGUUUAAACACUCUCCCAGUUUUGAUCCGUCAUUUCGACUUCAGCUUCAGUAGCCAGCCCAGAGAGGGUGUCAGAGUGGGCCAGCGUUAGGAGUCACAGCACCCCACAAGCCCAUCUACUUAAGGUUGGCCCUUCAGCCUGUAAAGUCUAUCAUCUCCUCCACCAGGGGAGAUGGGAGGUCACAAAGUCCCUAUUCUCUGACAGACUAAUGAAUUAUGCAGCCCCACCCUCCAAACUGAUUAAUGCUCUAUCUGUGACAUUCUCCAUCCAUCUUGCAUUGUGCUUCAGCGUCUCAUGUCUCGUUGUCAUGAUCUUAACCCCCAGCGUAGACUGAAGGGCAUCCCAUGGUUAAAGGACAUAUUCCAUCCUGAAUGCUGCCCUGCUUGGCCAUAUAGUAUGCCCUCUGUGGUGAACUGAGUUUCACUGUUGUGUUCUGGUUUGUGGCUUCUACAAGCCUGGACAAUGAGAGGUUCUUAAUGUUACAUGUGUGUGUGUUGUGUGUGUUCAACCGUACACCCCUCUCUUGAUGGCUUCCUAAAAAUGAGAUUCUGUACCAUUGGCAAAAGCUUUCUGUGGAAGUGGCCGACCAAAGGUACUGGAGACUACCAGUUUGCUUUCGUCGGUUUACGUAACACAUCAGACGUGGCACAUAGACGGUCAGGUAAGGGAUAUGGAUGACAUCCAUCCUUUUUUAAAGUGUACAUUUGCCUCUGGUUUGAGGAGAGAUGGUUUAAAGUUUUACGAAAAUAUGCGACAAAAGUUCACUUUUACAUGUGUGUAUGUUUCUCUCUUGAUGUCUAAUAUGUUAUCUUGACAAUAUUUUUUGACCUGAGUUGGCGAAUGGGCUACUUUACUAUUCAGAUGUACAUCCCCUGUAGCAUGAUCAUGGUGCUGUCAUGGGUCUCUUUUUGGAUCAACAAAGAUGCUGUCCCCGCCAGGACCUCUUUAGGAAUCACCACAGUGCUUACAAUGACAACGCUGAGCACCAUCUCAAGGAAGUCACUUCCCAAGGUAUCCUAUGUGACGGCUAUGGACCUGUUUGUGUCUGUCUGCUUCAUCUCCACGUUUGCUGCUCUGAUGGAGUAUGGGACUCUACACUAUUUCACCAGCAACAGGCAGAACAAGAAGAAUAAGGACAAACAUUCUCAGCAGAAAUCCAGCCGCAUGGUGACCAUUAGGCCAGUGACGUCACUGCUCCAGAUUAAUAACAUCGGCCCCUACCAAGACGAGGAUGUUUACGCCUAUGUGUGUUUGGAUGGGAAGGGCUGCACCAGCUUCUUCUGCUGCUUCGACGACUGUCGCCCUGGAGCCUGGCGCAAAAACCGGAUGCAUGUCUGAGUCUAGAAGAUGGGGAUAUUCUCCCUGACCGCCUUUGGGUUUUUCAACCUGGUCUACUGGAUCGGGUAUCUGUACUUAUGAAAUAAAUUGAGUUUAGCAAAGAAGAGCAAUAGCCUUUUACUUCAGAGAAAACAGGUCAAAUUGUUUGUUGAUUCUCUUUACUUGCUAUUCUUGGCACUGUUGACGAUAAGACUGGAGGGUGUAGUUCUUUGCACUUUGAAGCCAGUGAAUAAUUUGAAGCCAGUAAAAUCGCUUCUUCUCACCAAUAUUUGAGCAGCUCCAAUGUUUGUACCUGUACUAUAUUUCUAGGCAACAGCUCACAGAUGAAGGCAGCAGGGUCGAACAAGGCCAGACUCUGGGUCAUAGGCCUACCUAGGGUUGCAAAGGUACCAGUAAUUUACCAAAGUUACUGGAAUCUUCUGUAAUUUUGGUAAUUAACAGAAAAUCUAUGGCAAUCUAUCAUAACUUUGGUAAUUUAUACUUGGAUAACUUACAUUUGUUUUAUUCAAUAUUCAUUUAUUAUAUCUGUGUCCAUGAGUUUAGUAGAUAUACCAUAUGUCACACCCUGAUCUGGUGUACCUGUCCUUGUGAUUGUCUCCACCCCCUCCAGGUGUCACCCAUCUUCCCCAUUA